AUGGCUAAAGAGGACCAACCCCACCACGAACCCACCGAGCCUUCCGCCAUUAGCGAUGCUGCUCAGCAUUCGACUAUGUCUGGUUCUGAACAGAGCCGCGCAAGGCACUCGCGCAAGGUUGCUUUUGUGACUGAUGAAGGAGAAGAAGACGAAUACGAACAGGAGGACCCAGACGCCCGCUCUCGUCGUCGUGAGAAACUAAAGGCGGCUGCUACCAAAUACCCAACGAGCCAGGAAGAACGUCAAUCCGAGCUCACUCAGCUCACCGACGAACAAGCACCAACGGCCGAAGGGGAGCCCUCAGCAGCGAGCGCGAGGGGAGAUGAAGAGUGGGUAGAUGGUCAAAAAAUGCUACGCAGUGAUAUUGAUCUGAUCGAGGUCGUAUGGAUUUUUGACGUGGAGACUAGAGGUGUAGUGAGACCUACCUGUCACACGUAG